AUGGGGACUGAAAACUAUACAUCUGUGACAGUUUUUGUUCUUUUGGGAUUGACAGAGGACACUACAGCUUGUGCUAUUCUAUUUAUUGUGUUUUGGGGAGUUUAUGUCAUCACUUUACUGGGCAACAUCAGCAUAAUCACAUUAAUCAGAAGCAGCCCUCAGCUUCAUACUCCAAUGUACCUGUUCCUCUGUCACUUGGCUUUUGUAGACAUUGGGUACUCCUCCUCAGUCACCCCUGUCAUGCUCAUGGGCUUCCUUAGCAAAAGGACUUCCAUCCCUGUGGCUGGCUGUGUAGCCCAGCUCUCCUCAGUGGUGACAUUUGGCACAACUGAGUGCUUCCUGUUAGCUUCCAUGGCUUAUGAUCGUUAUGUGGCCAUCUUCCCCCUGCUCUACUCCAGCCUCAUGUCCCCCACUGUCUGCAGUCUCCUAGUGGGGGCUUCCUAUCUGGGCGGCAGUAUGAAUGGUUGGACUUUCGCUGGCUGUUUCUUAAAUCUAUCUUUCUGUGGACCAAAUAAAGUCAAUCACUUUUUCUGUGAUUAUUCUCCUCUUCUGAAGCUUUCCUGUGCUCAUGAUUAUGCUUCUGAAAUAGUUCCUGCCAUGUCUUCAGGCUCCAUCAUUGCCGUCACUGUGUUCAUCAUUGCCCUGUCUUAUGUCUACAUCCUUGUGUCGAUCCUGAAGAUGCGCUCCACGGAAGGACGCCACAAGGCCUUCUCCACCUGCACCUCCCACCUCACUGCUGUCACCUUGUUCUUUGGGACUAUUACAUUCAUCUAUGUGAUGCCCAGGUCCAGCUACUCCACUGACCAGAACAAGGUGAUUUCUGUGAUCUAUACAGUGGUGAUUCCCAUGCUGAAUCCCCUCAUCUACAGCCUCAGGAACAAGGAUGUUAAAGAUGCCAUGAAAAAAUUAUUGGUUAGAGCUCAUUGGUAG